UCUGUGUUCGUACAGUUUUGUCUGUCGCAAAAUGGCAACUCCGUGUGUGAAACAAAUAGUGAGGUAACAUGCGCUGGACUUUAAUGUCAAAAUGUCUCUAUUGAGAAUUUGUGCCUUUUCUAGAUGUCAGACUGCACGCAUUUUAUUUGAAACAAACCCAAGGCAUACAUUUUAUUCCGAUCGAUGCCACGUCUUUGUCAGAAUACAGAAUGGCUGUCACAGGCGAAUAGCAGAAACCCCCUGGACAGCAUAUCGGAGGAAUUAUUCAGCUCUAAUCCCAAAGAAAGACGAUGGAAAAAAAAGAUUUUGGGAACAAUCUCACCUCUUGGAUGUACUGGAAGCCCGGAUCCAGCAGCUGCAAUCUGAUGUUUUUCUGGACAUCAAGCACUCAGAGGUGCAGUUUGUUAACUUCUCCCAGGCUGGGGAAAAAGUUACCCCAAAGAAGGGCCAGACCAGCUGCAAGAAAGAGGGCCCUGACCCCUCACCCCAAAAUUCCAGCGGCAAACACUGGCUUAAGAGACUGAACCAUGAGAAGUUGACUCGGGAACAGAAAUUUCUGUGCUACCAACAGGAACUGAAGGGAAAAGGAGGAAAAGGAAAGAAGAAAGUUAGUUCCACCACCGUGGAUCCGGAACAGAAGGGCAGGUCAACGAAGGGCAAAGCAUCGCCCCUCAAGGAAGACUCGAGUCUCGCCAAGGUGGACGGGGAGAUUCGCCCCAGCCCGCCCCACAAAAAAGACUCAAGCCUCCUCAGCCGGCCCCAAAAGAAAGACUCGAGUCUCACCAAGGUGCUCGGGGAGAUACGCCCCAGCCCGCCCCACAAAAAAGACUCAAGCCUCCUCAGCCGGCCCCAAAAGAAUGACUCGAGUCUCGCCAAGGUGGACGGGGAGAUUCGCCCCAGCCCGCCCCACGAGAAAGACUCAAGCCUCUUCCGCUGCCCCCACGAGAGAGACUUUAGCCUCUUCAGCCGCCCCCACGAGAAAGACUUUAGCCUCUUCAGCCGCCCCCAGGAGAAAGACUUGAGCCUCUUCAGCCCGCCCCACGAAAAAGACUUGAGCCUCUUCAGCCCGCCCCACGAGAAAGACUUGACCCUCUUCAAUCGGCCCCACUCGAGCCUCGCCCCAGUGGAAGAGCUGUACUGGGACACUGCCAUCUACAAUGAGGCCCAGGCUAACGUGCGCUGCUUCCUCCAGGCCUGCAUGUUCACCGGCGACAUUGAACGAGCCCACCUCUGCCUGAUGAACCACCACCAGGUCCUCUCCCGACGCAAGCUACUCUCCAUCGGAGCCUAUAACUACCUGAUGAGGGUGUGGGCCAAGAAAGGUGCCCUGCACGAGAUUAGUGACGUGUUUGUCCUGCUGGACGAGGCGGGUAUGAAGCCGGAUCUGGGUUCCUACGUGGCUGUUCUGGAGAGCCUCGGCCGCUUCCCAGACUACCCCGAGUCCAUCAUCAGCAAGUGUGUCCAGCAGCUGCAGGUCGAGGGCUAUUCCCUGGAGGACCUGUUCCAGUACCGCUUCCACCAGGACGAGAGGGAGUACGUGCUGAAGGCCGUCCAGACGGCACUGCCUGACUUCCAGCCCAGCGUACAGCCGAAAGCCGAGCACUGCGCCUCCCCUCUGGUCAAAGACUUCUACACUGAGAGGGACAAUGUGGACUAUCCUAAGAUAGACUUCACCCUGGCAGAGCUCCGGGAGAAGUUCGGCCAGCAGCUGGCCGUGGAGCAGAGCGACACCAUCACCAUCGACUCCGUGGAGGCCACCAAGCCCACCACCGAGCACAUGAUCAAGAUGAGGAACCUUCUGGACGCGCAGCGCCGGGAGUGGCGCACCUUGCUGCUGAACGCUCUGCAGGAGAGCAAGCGCGUCCUGGCCCUGGAGGACGACCGGCCCGGGAGGAUGAACCUCUACCCGUACCUGCGUCUGCUGGACGACCAGGAGUACGUGGACAUCAUGAUGCAGUGCCUGUCCCACCUGCACCCUAACGGGGAGAGCCUGCAGUCGAUGGCCAGGAACCUGGGCUCCAGGGUCCAGAACAAGUUCUUCAUCCGUCAGAAGAGUCACAUGGUGGACAAGCUCCGGGUCGUCUACGAUCGCUACGCCAAGCUGCUGGCCAAGGACACGGAGAAAGCCACCCUCUUGCCUCGAGAGUGCUGGCAGGAGCUGGAGGCCGAGAUGAGCUCGGGCCCCUCCCUGCUGUGCGACGACCCGCACUGGCCUCACUUCCUGGUCAUCCAGCUGGGCACUCACCUGGCUGACCUCAUGGUGAGGGAGCUGAAGCUGCCCAGCGACGUCCUGAGGCCCCAGAAAAACCCCACGUUCGUCCCCGUGCUCUACCACAUGUACGCCUUCCGCAACACCCGAAAGAUCGGCUUCGUCAAGCCACACCCCAUCUUCACGCAGUUGCUGCUGGAGGCGAUGGAGACCAGGCUAACCUUCGAUGCGUAUGUUAUGCCCAUGCUUUGCCCGCCCGUGCCCUGGACCUCCCCCCGUUUCGGCGCCUACCUCCUGACGUUCACCAAGCUGAUGCGUUCGGCCUGCGACACCGGCCAGCACCAGGUCCUCCUGGAGAACUGCGCGGGGCCCGACCUCCACGCCGUCCUGGACUCCCUCAACUCCCUGGGCAACUGCGCCUGGAAGGUCAACCAACCGCUACUGGACAUCAUCAUCUCCAUCUUCAACGACAAGGGCUGCGAGAAGCUGGACAUCCCUCCUCCGCUUUCGGAGGCCCCCCAGCCGCCCCGCAGCGUCCCUGGGGCCCCGGCCCCGUCGGCGAAGGAGAGCAUGCUCCUCAAACAGCAGGGGGUCCUGGCGCGGAGGAAGGCGAUGGAGAUGCACAGCCUCAGGAUGGACUCUCUCUACAAGCUGUCCAUCGCCAACGCGGUGCGCGACCAGGUCUUCUGGUUCCCUCACAACAUGGACUUCCGGGGACGGACCUACCCCUGCCCUCCCUACUUCAACCACCUGGGCAGCGACGUGACCCGCUCCAUCCUGCUGUUCGCCGAGGGCAAGGCCCUGGGCCCUCACGGCCUGGACUGGCUGAAGGUUCACCUGGUCAACCUGACGGGAAAGAAGAAGCGUAGCUCGCUGGCCGGCCGUCUGGAGUACGCCAACAGCGUCAUGGAGGACAUCCUGGACUCGGCCGACCAACCCCUGACUGGGAGGAAGUGGUGGAUGGAGGCGGACGAGCCGUGGCAGGCCUUGGCGUGCUGCAUGGAGAUCGCCCGAGCCUCGCGGUCACCCGACCCCGCCCAGUACGUCUCCCACGCCCCCGUGCAUCAGGACGGCUCCUGUAACGGUCUUCAGCACUACGCCGCUCUGGGCCGGGAUGUGAUUGGCGCCACCUCUGUGAACCUGGCUCCCUGCAACGAGCCGCAGGACGUGUACAACGGCGUGGCAGUGCAGGUGGAGGAGUUCCGCGCUGCCGACGCGGAGAACGGUGUGAAGAUUGCCCAGGUUCUGGAGGGGUACAUCAGUCGCAAGGUGCUGAAGCAGACGGUGAUGACGGUGGUGUACGGGGUGACGCGCUACGGCGGCCGGCUGCAGAUCGAGAAGCGGCUGAAGGAAACCGAGGGUUUCCCCCAGGAGCAUGUGUGGGAGGCCUCCAGCUACCUGGUCAAGAAGGUGUUCCUCAGCUUGAAUGAGAUGUUCACCGGCAGCAGGGAGAUCCAGGACUGGCUGACCGAGAGCGCCAGGCUCAUCUCCCAAUUCGGCAGCCCGGUGGAAUGGGUCACGCCCCUGGGCCUGCCCAUCAUUCAGCCGUACCACCGAUCCAAGACCCAAAUGCUCCAGACUCACAUGCAAAGCAUGCAUAUCAAAGUCUCCAGCAAUACCAGCAAGCCCGACACAGUGAAACAGAAGAAUGCCUUUCCCCCAAACUUCAUCCAUUCCCUGGACUCCACCCACAUGAUGCUGACCUCCCUCUACUGCCUCAGGGAAAAGCUUACCUUCGUCUCUGUCCACGACUGUUUCUGGACCCACGCCGUCACCGUGGAUACCAUGAAUAGGAUCUGCCGGGAGCAGUUUGUGGCCCUGCACAGCCAGCCCAUCUUACAGGACCUGUCCACCUUCAUGGUGAGGAAGUACAGCGAUAGAAAGCAAGGCGCCAAGAAAGCGAAGGCUAUCGAGCUGUUCUCCAGGGUCCCCAAGACGGGUGAUUUCGAUCUUCAGCAAGUGAAGGACUCCACUUAUUUCUUCAGCUGAGAGGGAGCAGACACUGCAGACGGCCUUGUCUCCGUCAGCCAAUCGCCAUAUCGAUCCCGUUCUCUGCCACGCACCCGGAGUGGGUGGGGCUGUGACUGUGAGCCGGGCAUGGCUCAAUGAUCACCCCUCUCUCAGGAGACUCUGCACUUGAAAAAAAGGAACUGACCUCCGGCAGCCAUCUUGGUUACUGUAGAUGUUUUGAUUGUUUGUCUGCACACGUGUGACUGUGUGUGGGCGCGCACACGGGUAUGUGUGUAUGUAUAUGCAAUGUGAGUGUGUGAGUGUGUGAGUGUGUGUGAGUGUGUGAGUGUGUGAGUGUGUGAGUGUGUGAGUGUGUGAGUGUGUGUGAGUGUGUGUGCGUGCGUGUGCGUGCGUGUGCGUGCGUGUGCGUGCAUGUGCGUGUGUCUGUCCAUCUCUCAGGCUGGAAGGAUAACCUCUCCCAGACCGUGAGGUGGAGAUACUGAGCUGGGAGCAGGAGUUCAGCUCAGCCGGUGGGGGGCGGCGGAGGGGGGUGCCCUCACCCCUCAAUCCCUCUCUGAAACGCCACGGCGAUUAGCCGCCUGGUCCCGGCUUCCAUCGAUUCGGGGGAACCUGGGAAGAGGUCGCCAUUUUGACAUUUAAGCUGGGACUUGAUUCAUGGUGCUUCUGAAGUUUCCGGAGGAGACAGCUGGUCUACACAUACUGUACAGCGUGGGCCGACAGUCAGCGGCCGGCCUCUGAAAGUGAUACUCUUCUGCGAGACUGACUCACGGUUUUUCCUCCUUCCUCCUCGCUCCCGCAAGAGACAAUGAGCACCUAGCCAAGAAAUAAAUAUUUUUUAAUCUACUUUCAAA